AUCACGACGUGCCGUUCGUGCCUCGCGAACGUUGGAUUUUACACGCAUUCGGCUCACCUCACCCUUCCACCCUCGUCGCUGUCAUCCCGUUCGUCGCUGUCCGAUCGGUCAUCGAUCGAGGAAGGAAAACGUCGAUUUUUGCCCCUGAUUUCCGACAGUGAUUUUCCGCGAAUCACCGUAAUGUAAUUUUUGAAUUUGCCGAUCGGUUUUGACACAUUGCUUUUGACAUAUCGGUUUUGUCAUUUAAUACAAUCGCGGCGACUACGUUUGCGUUUGGGGAGUGCGAUAGUGUAUUAUAAUAGUGGCUCGUUAGGAUGUGAAUCGCGCGAUAGCGAUCGCGAAGGAACGAUUAAUUGAAUGGCGAUUUGUUCGCCAAGACGCUUUUUGCCAACCGCUCAGAGUGAACGUUUUCGCAAUCGAUGGAGCAGAUCGAAAUGACUGAUCGCGAGGUGACGAUGGAAUAAACGCGCGUGCCAUUGGUGAUUUGGAUCGGCGGUGCUCUGCAUCCUCGACGAGAGGAACUGACGACGGUGUCGAACAAUCCUUGGCGACGGGGACAUGGACCGGAAGUGACUGCACCGUGCGUGUCGCCGUCAUUGCGAUAAACGGCGCGUAAAAGUGCGCGUAACCACCUAAUCGCACGAGAUACGGAUUUUCCCGGAUCUAUUGUUCGGCGAGAAGAAUUUCCUUCUCUCCGGCGGAGAAUCCGGCGGAAAUUCAGGAGGACUGCGCAUUGCAGCGAGAUUUGGAUGCAUUCCCAGGAGCACUUUCUCGCCCUAAGAAGUUCGUACGCAGUGUUUCCUUAAAGUGUAGUUCCAAGAUCCAUAUUUUAGAAGAGAUGUAUAUCUAAAAAAAGGGCUCGAGUACUAUUCAUCAUGAGGAUACUGUGGAUUGUGGUGGGCAUUCUAUUCGAGAUACACUUGUACUUUACAGUAAGUCAGGCCAAGCAUCAGCAGAACUCAAGUGCCAAUAAUGCAAUCGCCUCAUUGAAUGUUCCGGAGGGUAAAAAUGAAGAUCUUGAAGGCCCAAUUGGAGAGGUGCUCGCUCAAAGUGGUAGCACGGCAGUUUUACCGUGCAGAAUUACCGAUCCUGGUGCUGGAACCAUUACGUGGGUGAGGAGAAGAGACAAACUGUUGUUAACAAUUGGUACCAGCACGCACUCCGUCGACAAAAGAUUUGCCAUUAGGCAUUCGAAUACCGAUUGGCAGCUCACUAUACGUGCCGUAACGAUGGACGAUGCUGGCAUCUAUGAAUGUCAGGUGACGUCAUAUCCGGUACAGCGGAACUUUGCCCGUUUGAAGAUCACGGAGGCGUACUCGAUAAUACCAGGUGCGCCUGAUUUGCAUGUAAAGCAAGGAUCGAGCCUCCGUUUGGAAUGCCAACUUAUGGCGGCCACGGAAAAGCCUCUUUACGUCUUCUGGUAUCGUCAGGGCCGUAUGAUAAAUUACGAUGAGGAGCCCGGCGUCGACGUCAAGCUCACGCCAAGCGGCUCCAUUUUAACGGUGAACAAAACGAAGCUUACGCACAACGGCAACUACACGUGUGCGCCUAGCAACACCAAGGCGGCGUCUGUCAUGGUCCACGUGAUUGAAGAAGAGGAGAAGCCGGCGGCGAUGCACGGGGGUGACAGAAGGAACCUCAGCCCGGCAAUUUUGGCGAGUAACUUUCUAGUGUCCUUCCUAGCGGCCGUCAGCUGGAGGAUACCGAGUUUCACGAACCUUUACCCGACGUGAAUUACCGCCGUCCCUCCGGCGGCGGCACUUUACUGUCCCUCUGCGACAAGGGUCCCACCGUCGAGGAAACGAGUUCCCGGGUCAUCGUUCUGCUGCUCGGCGCGGCGCAAUCUCAAGAAGAAACUCCAUUCAUGGAAAUUGUGCGCAAUGUGAUGCACCCACAAACUUGGCGAUACCUUACUCGAUUUACUUUGUAAAACGUGUGUUUUUCUUGCGUAUAUUAAAUAAACACAGUUCGGGUGGUAGUCGCGAUAUGCGCGCUCGGCUCUCGUGUCUCCGACAGUGUCCUGUGAGCUCAAAGGUUGUCAGCGAGUCUGUUGGUUUAUUUAGUGCACAUACAUCGGUGAGAAAUCCUCUCUUCAACUCCCCCUCAUUCCUUUAUCUACUUCUAUCUUGACCCGUUCUUGCGCGAGUGCCGCGUAAAUGUGCUUGGCCGGACGAUUGUAAUCCCUUUUGGAAUUGAGCUAGCGAUUUACUGUAGAAUAUGUUUUAUUCUAAUACACAUACACACACAUACAUACAUAUACAUACUUUCUCGUGUAAUCACCGUCUCUCAUUGCGUGCGAGGUUACAAACCUAGCUCCUGUCCACGCAACAUUUCCAUAAUAAAGAUGAAAAAUAAGAUUUCAGCAUGUAAAUAACAAAUGCAAUUGUUUCUAUUAUAUUGAUUUCUUUGGUGAUAAUAAAUCGUAUAAAAUAAUAAUAUUUGAAAGAAUUUUCAAUUUUAAAUAAUUAAUAAUUUUGACAAAUUAAUUUUAUAUAUUUUGAAAUGUGGAAAAAUAACAAAAUAAUAUUAAAAAAUUUUGUAAUAAAUGUGUCGCAUACAUCCAUAAUUUUGUUUCAAAAAUAAUAAUAUUCUUUUUUUUUAUCAUUGUUUAAGCUAGAUUGCAACUGUCUCUGGACAAUGUGACAAUGGCAAUGAGACGACGAGAUUAUCGAGCUAUGGUACUAAGGUACGUUGUAAGGUACACAUUUGGUGAAAAAGUUGCAUAAGCGGAAGGGAAAUUUCGGGAAUUUGCUUGAACGAGAAAACUCGGUUUCUCACAGGAAACGAAAACGUUUCCCGAUGAGAACUCUUCCGCUCGAUAUGCGACUCGUCGAUAUCUUUCUAGUGUGCGUGAGUCGGCGAGCAUGCAUUUCUUCGUAUGUGCAUUCUACAUAUACAUAUAUACACUUAUAUAUUCGUUACGUACACAGAAAUGUAUACGGUGGGAGCUCGAUUUAUCGUUCUUCCAAUUAAUCAUCCAUGUACCAUUUAUAUAUUUUCAAAUUCCCAAAGUGAUUUGUGUAUCGCUUAUCGUUUGUCGCAAAUUCAUUAAUCGCGCUGAUUAUUUUUUGUUUGGUCGCAAACAUCCCCUCCAAAAACGUUCAAUCGAGUUUUCACCGUAUUAUACUAUACGUUAUUAUAUAAUGUAGAAGUUGUUGCGGAAAUCGUGUUUAUCGUGAUCAGCACAUACGUGGUAAUAAUGAUGAAUUAUAUCCUACGAAUAAAUCGUCUGCUAUCAACAAUUUUUUUUUUCUUUUUUAUAGAACUGUUCUUGAUAUAAAAAUCUGAAACAAAAAAUCUAUUUAAAAUUUUUACUUAAAUAGAUGACUAAGCAGAAAUUUAAAUAAAAAAAAAUCUUACUGAGAUUAGUACAUAAUGGAACAAGGAAAAAAAAAUAUAUAUUUGCAUAAUCGAAACAGGAACUGAUUUCGCAUUUAAUGUAAUUUGGUUGUCUUUAUCGAUAGCCGAAGAUUUGAAUAAAUUUUCCCUCGAGUAGAAUAUAUGAACUGCUUCGAAAUCACGAUAAGACACAAGCAGAUUUCUUGCGACAACUUGAUUACGCGAACCUGAAGUGGAUGAGCGACGUUCUUUCCGCACUGUAGAAAGCCUUACCUCAAUUCCCGUCGACUCUCACAGUGUCAUCGUGAAGGGGGAUUCCUCCUCUGCGCUUUGCAAUCUCUCGAAUGGGUAUACAUCGAAGCAUCGCAGUGUUUGUUCGUCCCCGCAGUGUGUACAUCUAUCUUUAAAUAAAUGAUAAACACAAACGUUCAAAUGUUCGAUGUGAGGAGAAGACUUGGCGAACUCUAUCGCGAGCGUUUGCUCUCAUUCUCUCUGUACGUUCGGUCAAUCUUUCACGCGCGUGCUCGACGUAUACCUAUUGUACUUUCGUACAUCUUCCAGAUUGAAGAAUGAUCCAACCACGGCUGGUGCGAUCGAGUCUUUCGAGACACAUAAAGUACACUCUUUCCUCACUCUUUUAACGACAUCGGAAUUUAUUCGAUAUUCCAACGACUUCACUCGACGCAGAUAUAUGACAUGAUUCCAUUGAUCGAAAAAUGAUUAGUAAAACCUCGUCUCUAUAAUAGUUCUUCAUUUUGUUAGAACAGUGAACGUAACGUAAAUAAGUUGAGAAGUUCUCUAAAAGAUGUCUAUAUAAAAUGCUUAAAAGAAAAUCUUCCCAGAUAUCUCCUUAAGAUACUUGUCUAGAUAUCGAGUAUCAGUUUGUGGAUUAUAAAGUAAUGGAGAUAACAGAGAUGGCGAGAGAAAGAGUGCAAGUUUUCGAAAAGAUUCUCGCGUUUUCAUAAGAGCUCACGAUUUUUCGCGAAUAGGCGCUGAUUUCGUGGCUUUCGUGCGAUGGAGAGAAAACACGUGAGCGGUCACGGUCUUUAGCCAUACAUCGAGUUUUAUGCACGGCACGCACGACUCGUGGCGAUGCGACUGCGGACACGCGCUCAUCAACGUUAUUUAUCUGGAUACGUGGAAUCAAUGUAAAUACUAAACAUUCUAAUUACGCAUUCAAUAAAACAUUAAUCGUGACUAUA